AAGUGGAAACCCAGUGCUGUCUGCACUACUACAUACAGAUACACGAGCCAAAAGUUCUUCGAGACCCAUUUCAAAUAACAACUGCAAGUUUUGUUGAGAGUGAUUUGAUUUGUUGAUCAAAAGAGAGAAAGCUGUAUGGAAAGGCCGAGAAAAUCAAGAAGCGAAGCAAUAAAAGAAGAUUGUACCUUGUCACCCAUUUUGUACUGCUCUGAAUUGUUUCACAAACAUAGUCAAUGGCAUCACAAGUUGGUAGCCUGAUUCAUGAUAGGAAUUUGAAUGUUCACUAUAAUGCAUCUGCUGGGGGGAAGACCAAUGUCUCUAAAUCCUUAAAAAAGGGAGGGCUUGGCGGAAGGAAGCCACUAGGUGAUUUAUCAAAUUCGGUGAAGCCUACUCCCAAUCAAUCCUUAAAGAAGCCUAAUUCCAACUCUUUUAUUGAGAAAGACAUCAGUGCCUCUAAAAUUACAUUUGAUGGAAGCAAAAAGAAGAGUUCUAAAGCUUCUGAGAAACCACAGACCAGCACCAGGAAAGCACUUUCUGACAUUUCGAAUUCGGGGAAGCCCCAUCUGCGUGAGUCCUCCAAUCUGAAUGCGAAACUGAGUGUGCUGGAGGAGGAACAUUUCAGUGCUUUGGCAGAGGAAGAUUUUCUACACAACCAUCAAGAAUGCCCCAAAGCACGGACAAAAGCUAUGGACAUAGAUGAGUUGCUGAUAACAGUUGGACUACAUAAUGGUUUUUCUAAGCAGUCAGUGUCCCCAUGGGUGGCAUCUUCAGCAUUGGAUGAUUUUAAGUUUCAGCCUGCAAGUCCUCUAAGGUGGUUAGAAUUGGAAGAGCUUGGAGAACAUGGACUAGGAGGUGCUCAAUCACCUCAGAAAAGUGAGCAUUUCAGUGAUCUUGGUUCUCCAAAAUCACCAAAUCGCUGUAUGCAGUGGGAUGAAAAAGUCAACUUUAUGUUGAUAAAGACACCAUAAUUGCCAAAGCAUUGACUUUCCUAGUGCAUAGAAUAUGUCAGCAAUUAUGUUCGUUUAACUUUUGUGGUAGAAUUAGGGUUUGAACUUGUCUUGUAAGGCAAAUAUUAUGCAGCUACAAUAUGCUUGUAGUCGAGCAAGUUCUCCGAUAGUUAAGAACUGAAGUUUCUCUUGUGAUGACAAUUAUUUGCUUGUAACUUCGUAGCAAUAUAUGAGAAGGUGCUUACUAA